UAAAGGUGCAAUUGGUGCCGUUAUAAGCAGGGAGAAGGCAGUGUUUGCUCACCACCAAAACCUGGCCAGCCAACAAGCGCGCGUUGGUGGGAGGCACCGCCGAAAAUGACGAUGGCGGUCCGCGCGCGCAGGUGUCAGCAUUGAUUUCUCUGCUUCACGGCAUUCUCCCUACAUCAACCGUCCAGGCCGCCAUCUAGCGCUGCGCAUCCCUCCAUCUGCAGUCACCCAUCUUAGUAAAAUCAUCACGGUUCUCGCAUUCCAUCAUCAUAAUCAUUCGAGAUCAAUCGCAUCCAGAUUGCCGAGGGCCCGCGCGCGCUCAGCACCAUUGGGACGGCCCAACACCCGCACCACGCGUACGAAUCCAUCUCUUCUCCUCUUCUCGAAUCUACACAACACAGCAAUGAGUGCAAAAUCACCGCUGCGCGACGUGGCACCGCGGAAAGCAGGCUACAAGUCAUGGAAGAAGAAGUAUCGCAAGAUGCGCAUCGGGUUCGAGGAGACGAUGCAGCAAGGAGACGACAUCUUCAAGGAGGAAGCCAAAGCCGCCGCGACCGUGAAAAGGAUAGCAGUUGAGAAUGACCGGUUAAUGGACUUAUUACAAGACAUCAACAACUCGCCGCAGAUCCCGCCCGAGAAGCGAGUCGAUGUGUCCAUAUCAACGGAGAAUGGCGCCACCCCCGACGCGACGACACAGCAAUCAGACCCCAGCAGCCUCAAGAGACUGGGCGACCUGCAGCGCGACGUGCCGCACCUGACAUUCGAGACGGCCAAGGAGACCAACCCAAGCUUGCUCACAGAGCUCGAGAAGGACGCGGCGGAGCCCUACCCGUCGCACUUCCUCACAACCGACGACGUCGACAAUUAUCUUCACAUGAUUGACGUCUCGCUCGAUCCGGAGACCCAUAUCCCGACACUGGCCCCCCUGGCCCAUCCGAGCGAGCAUCCCCCCCAGCACCCUCUCCUUCGCAACCCCAACAGCAGCACCAGCUGGCUCCGCAAGCACGCCCCCCACAUCUUCCUCCAGGCGUCGGGCGGGGACGGCGCCGAAGACCACGACGACGACGGGCACACCAAGAAGGCCCGCGGCGGGCCCAAGGGCGAGCGCGGCAACGCGGGCAAGAGCCGCGGGAAGCGCGCGAGCAAUGCGGCGCCUCGGCCUGACAAGGCAGCGCAGGCGGAGGCGGGCGAUGUCAGCGUCGACGAGGACGGCGAGCCCCCCGCCGUCAAGGGCAAGCGGAAGCGGGACGAUGAUGGCGGGUACAGGCCCAAGGGAGGCUCGAGUGCACGACCGACUAAGAAGAAGCGUAAGAGCGAAGGAGCGGCUGCGGAGACGCCGAGCAGCAAGAAGUCGAAGAAGGGUAUGCCUGGCCCUGUGGUAGAGCCCGUGAGCUAAGAUGAGGGCUCAAAAGGCAUGGCGUGAAUUGUGAAGGGGAGCGGAAGGAGGCUCGAAUCAUUGUACGAUAGCAAAGGAGCAUCGGAUAUUCUCGCGUCAAUCGAGGGGUUGCGGGAACCAGGAGUGAUCACACAUUGUUUUACGGUACAGGAAGAAUGGCUGCUUGUCAGUCAGUCGUUCACAUCAGAGUAUGAGUGUGAUUUCGCACUAUCAACGAAAUUGAUUGGCUUGUACGGCUUAU